CCUGACUCUGCGACACUGUGUCGCGUUGCCCCUUCAGAUUUUGAAAUCUUUUUUUUUUGUUCGAGGCGAAAACAAAAAUGUCGUUGACCAAUCAGCUCUCUUCUCCAAUGAUUUCAUCAUCAUCUUCUUCUUCUACAUUCUUAUUAGCACCUUCAUAUCUACAUGCCAGACCUCGAAAUGCAUCUCUUCCAAUGGCUAAAAGGGCCAGUUCGAUCAAAUGCGAGGCUUCUCAAUCAGAAAAGAUUGAGUACAAAACAAGUGUUUCAAGGAAUUCAAACAUGUCCAAACUCCAAGCUGGGUAUCUUUUUCCAGAGAUUGCCAGAAGAAGAUCUGCACAUUUGGUGAAAUACCCAGAUGCACAAAUUAUUAGUCUUGGAAUAGGUGACACUACUGAGCCCAUUCCUGAAGUCAUUACUUCUGCUAUUGCAAAAAAAGCUCAUGAGUUAUCCACAAUAGAGGGUUACAGUGGUUAUGGUGCUGAACAAGGUGCAAAGCCACUGCGAUCUGCUAUUGCUAAAACAUUUUACGGUGGCCUAACCAUAGGGGAUGAUGAUAUUUUUGUUUCUGAUGGUGCUAAAUGUGACAUAUCACGUCUCCAGGUUAUGUUUGGUUCCAAUGUUACAAUUGCUGUCCAGGAUCCUUCGUACCCGGCUUAUGUCGACUCUAGUGUUAUUAUGGGUCAGACGGGGCAAUUUAACACCGAAGUCCAAAAGUAUAGGAACAUCGAGUACAUGAGAUGCACUCCAGAGAAUGGCUUCUUUCCUGACUUAACCACUGUUGGUCGAACGGAUAUAAUAUUUUUCUGUUCCCCAAACAAUCCUACUGGUGCUGCCGCCACUAGAGAGCAACUAACACAGUUGGUUCAGUUUGCAAAGAAGAACGGAUCAAUUAUAGUGUAUGAUUCUGCAUAUGCAAUGUACAUGUCUGAUGACAACCCGCACUCCAUCUAUGAAAUCCCCGGAGCUGAGGAGGUGGCGAUUGAGACAUCUUCUUUCAGCAAAUAUGCAGGUUUUACUGGAGUGAGACUUGGUUGGACUGUGAUCCCAAAACAACUGCUGUAUUCUGAUGGAUUCCCCGUUGCUAAAGACUUCAAUCGUAUAGUCUGUACUAGCUUCAACGGUGCCUCUAACCUCUCCCAAGCUGGUGGACUUGCUUGCCUCUCCCCUGAAGGGCUUGAGGCAAUGCGCAAAGUGAUUGGAUUCUAUAAGGAAAACACCAACAUAAUCAUCGACACAUUCACUUCGCUAGGCUACAAUGUGUAUGGAGGGAGGAAUGCACCGUAUGUUUGGGUAGAGUUCCCGAAACAGAGUUCGUGGGAUGUGUUCUCAGAGAUUCUAGAGAAGACACAUGUGGUUACAACGCCGGGGAGUGGGUUCGGACCAGGAGGUGAAGGGUUUGUUCGUGUUAGUGCCUUUGGACACAGAGACAACAUAUUGGAGGCAUGUAGAAGAUUCAGGCAGCUCUACAAAUGAGGAAACACUAAUCAUCCCAAUCUAUUAAGAAUUUAAAAUCAAUCAAGCUAAAGUUGUAGAUUUUUAAUAAAGUUGUUGGAUAUGAGACUGUUCAUUUCAUCUCGAGUUAUAUGCGAAAACAAGUAUUUGAAACAUCAUACAAGACUUGUUUGUUUU